AGGCGGUGUUGCACUACGGCCCGUCCUGCCUCAGCCCCUGCAGAAAGCUCCCGGUGCUGCAUAUCUUUGGGCAGCAGCCUCUGGACAUCAGGCGUUGCACAGAAGCCUUCCGGGAGCUCUACCCCGACCGGCAGAGCCAUGUGGUGGUGCUGAACGAUGUGGUCUAUGCCCAUGCGAUGGGUGAGUUGGAGCAGCAGUUGUCUCCCGAGUACCCUAAUAUCGUCUUCUCCAGGGUAGCAUGCGGGUAUCCUACUGGCCCCGCACUGUCUGGGGAGGUGCGGCAGUUUGGUCGCCAAUUCCUGGUGGAGGCACCAGGAGGGCUGCAGAACUGCGCCAUGUUCUAUGUGGGAGCCGAGGGCCUGGCCCUCACCAGCUUCAUGCUGACCUGGAACUGCUGCCCCUUCAGCUCCUUUGACCCCACCACCGGCUGUGGCCGUCGUGAGACCCUCAAUGUCAACCGGGCCUUGAUGCAACGCCUCUACCUGGUGGAGCGAGCCCGGAACGCCCGUGUGGUGGGCAUCCUGGUGGGCACCCUUGGCGUGGCAGGCUACCUGGCUGUGCUGCAGCACCUCCGGGAGCUUCUGCGCCGGGCCGGCAAGCGCAGCUACACACUGGCUGUGGGGAAGCUGAACCCCGCCAAGCUGGCCAACUUCCUGGAGGUGGACAUCUUUGUCCUGGUGGCCUGUGCUCAGAACUCCCUGCUGGACUCCAGCGACUACUACCAGCCCAUUGUGACCCCCUAUGAGCUGGAGCUGGCCUGUAACCCAGCCCGCGAAUGGACGGCGAACUACCUCACUGACUUCCGAGACCUGCUGCCAGGUGCCUGUGCACACAUUGAACUCCCACCAGCUGUCCCUGCAGCAGAGGCCAUUCCCGACAUCUCACUGAUCACGGGAGAGAUGUGUGCCACCCACCUCUGCGAUUCCCCAGCCCCGCAGCAGCCCCCCAGCACUGCCUUGGCCUGCAGGGACCAGACACGGGCCCUUGCGGAGAUCAGCCCUGCUGCCUCCUUCCUAGAGGCCCGAAGCUGGCGGGGCCUGGAGCAGCAGCUGGGGCAGACACCCAUCUCCAAGGCUGUGCAGGGCCGACGAGGGAUUGCCAUUGCCUACGAGGACGAGGAGCGCGAGCAACCCUAA